AUGGCAAUAGCAGCAGCCGCCGCCAUUUCUAACACAUUAACGCCGUCAACUCGUAACUCGUUAUCCUCCAUCGCCGGUUUCCGGUCUGUCUCGUCUCUGAAACUGUGUUCUCUUAAACCUAAUUAUAGGUUAUUAUUAUCAGUAUCUGCUGCGGCCGUUUCUAUGAGAACUGAAAUUUCCGAGAAAGUGUCAACCGCUUCUUUUCUUGAUAAACGAGAGAGCGGAGUUCUUCACUUUGUCAAAUAUCAAGGACUCGGCAAUGACUUUAUUUUGGUUGAUAAUAGGGAUUCAAUGGAACCUAGGGUUACGCCGGAACAGGCGGCGAGGCUUUGCCAUAGGAACUUUGGAAUUGGUGCAGAUGGAGUGAUAUUUGUAAUGCCAGGGACAAACGGCACUGAUUAUACCAUGAGGAUAUUUAACUCGGACGGUAGUGAACCGGAGAUGUGCGGUAAUGGCGUUCGGUGUUUUGCUAGGUUCGUCGCGGAGUUGGAGAAUUUGGAAGGGAAACAGAGUUUUACUGUGCAUACUGGUGCUGGUUUGAUUGUUCCUGAAAUUCAGGAGGAUAAGAAGGUUAAGGUUGAUAUGGGUGAGCCUAUACUUAAAGCGUCGGAUGUGCCUACGACGUUGGCGGCGAAUCAAGGUGAUGCUGUUGUUAAAGCGGAACUGAAUGUUGAUGGUGUAGCUUGGAAUCUGACUUGUGUUAGUAUGGGAAAUCCUCAUUGUAUAACUUUUGGAAGCAAAGAUAAUCAGGAUUUGCAGGUUGAUGAACUAAACUUGGCUGAAAUUGGCCCCAAGUUUGAGCAUCAUGCGGUGUUCCCAGCACGAACAAACACAGAAUUUGUGCAAGUUCACUCCCACUCACAUCUCAAAAUGCGAGUGUGGGAGCGCGGAGCAGGAGCAACUUUGGCCUGUGGAACUGGAGCAUGUGCAACAGUUGUCGCUGCUGUUCUUGAGGGUCGUGCUGGGAGGAAUUGCACAGUUGAUCUGCCUGGGGGACCAUUACAAAUUGAGUGGAGAGAGGAAGAUAAUCAUGUAUAUAUGACUGGACCGGCUGAAGUUGUGUUCUACGGUUCGGUUGCCCUCUGAUGUGCUAUUCGAUGCAGAUUUAUUUAUACAACUCGUACCUGAAUAUAUGUAAGCCUUAAAAGUUCCAGGAAUCACUUUUCUUUGUGUCGAAGCUGUUGUUUGUAGUCUCCUUUUCUGAGGUUUCAACGGUGUGCUCUCCUGCUCUCAGGUUCGACUAGCCAAAGAUUAUGUUUUCACUUUUCAUGGUAUGCAAUUGUGUGAGUUAACAGAGAGACGCAGGUGCAAUUACCACAUCGAACAAGUUGGGAUUUCAAUUUA